UCUUUCUCUGUCUCUGCAAUCUUGCCGGCCGCCGAACUACCGGAAGCGCUUCCUGCCAUUUGUCCGGCCGCCCAAGUCCCGGAGUUGCUUCCCUUCAGUCUUUUCUGAGGUGGGUUUCUCUUGCUAUUCUUGGUAGACUUUAUACUUUAUCGCUUCCCAUCACAGAGCAAUUUGUUAUGGUAUUAACUUUUUGGAGAGUUUAUAAGCAUUGUAGUUUGUAUCGUUUGGGAUGCUAAUUCUCAAAAUCAGCAAAAGAGUGCCUGAAAGUAUGAUUUCCCAGCUCAAUAACCUGUUAAAGUUUCCCCCAAUCACUGAAAAAAGAUUAGCUUUACAGAGCCAUACUCCGUUUUUUCUUUCUUUAAGAAGGAUUCAAAUUAAGUGCUUCCAUAGUUCUGGACCAGUUCGUUGUCCAAAAGUUGCACUGGUUGAAUCUCCGUUGCCCAUUUCUAGUUCUGUGAUUAAAAUUUCGCGGGUUGCGAGGAGUGAUGCACAGGCUGCACUUUUUGAGUACUUGCACUAUACUAGAGGAUUCACUUAUAUGGAUGCAGAGCAUAUUAGUAAGAAUUCGCCCCAUUUUGUUGAAAAUUUGGUAAUGAAGGUGGAAAAUGAGCAGGAUGUUUCGAGGGCAUUGUCCAAGUUAUUGAGAUAUUAUCCCAUAAAUGAGUUUGAACCAUUUUUAGAGAGCUUGGGAUUGAGACCAACUGAACUUUCACUUUUCCUUCCGGCCAACUUGAUAUUUCUGGCUGAUGAUCAUAUGCUUCUUGAUAAUUUUCAUGUUCUUUGUGAUUAUGGUAUUCCUCGUGUGGAGAUAGGGAAGAUCUACAAGGAAGCAGCUGAAAUUUUUGGAUAUGAGUUUGGAAGGUUAAAUACCAAGUUGAGGGCUUAUGAGGAUUUAGGUCUUAGUAAACCUACCGUGAUAAAGUUGGUUACUUCUUGUCCUUCAAUUUUGGUUGGUGAUGUGAACAAGGAACUUGUUGACGUUCUUAAUAAGCUGACAGAACUGGGGUUUCAAAGGGACUGGAUUGGGGGUUAUCUCUCCAGCAGACACAGUUACAGUUGGAACAGGAUGCUUGACACAAUGACUUUUCUUGUUGAAGUUGGUUUUGGUGAUAUGCAGAUUGGGGAUUUGAUUAGGAAAAAUCCUGCAUUUCUGCUUGAAGGUUCAGGGAAGCAGAUAUAUGUAUUGUUUGGUCGGUUACUCAAAUUGGGCCUUAAGAUGAAUGAGGUCUAUCUUUUGUUGUUGGAAAAUCCGGAGAUUCUAUCACCAAAAUGUGCCAAAAAUGUUUGGAAAGCAUUGUAUUUCCUGUUUGAAAUAGGAAUGGAAACGGAUCAUAUUGCAAAAUUUCUACGUACCCACAUUCAACUUUUGGCUUCACAUUCUUUAAAAGGGCCAAAGACUGUGUUGAGAAGUUUAAAUGGUGACAGGCAGAAGUUACUUCAAGUUAUGAGUGAAAACCCCUCAAAGUUUUUUGCUUUGGCUUUUAAAUCAAAUAUCAGUAGCAUUGAGCAGAUACGGGCCAAGAAUCCGGGCAAAAUGUUGCAGAAAACUGCAUUUCUGUUGAAAUUAGGUUAUAUCGAAAACUCAGAUGAGAUGGGAAAAGCAUUAAAGAAGUUCCGGGGCAGGGGAGAUCAGUUACAGGAGAGGUUUGAUUGCUUGGUGCAAGCUGGAUUGGACUCCAAUGUUGUAGUAGAUAUGAUCAGGCAAGCUCCUACAGCUUUAAAUCAGUCCAAAGAUGUGCUUGAGAAAAAAAUUGCCUAUUUGAUAAGUUUAGGAUACCCUGUUGUGACCAUUGCAGCAUUUCCCACAUAUCUCUGCUAUGAUAUAGGGAGAAUUAACCGGAGAUUUAAUAUGUAUUUGUGGCUGAAAGAAAGAGGUGCUGUAAAGUCCAUGAUAUCUCCAAGCACACUUCUUGCUUGUUCAGAGGCACGCUUUACAAAAUAUUUUGUUGAUGUACAUCCAGAAGGUCCAUUGAAAUGGGAAAGUUUAAAAAAGUCAUCAUUGUCAAGCUAGAUCAAAGUUCAUUGUAUUUGUGGCAUCCCAUUUUUGACCUAAGGGGCUUGUAAGUGUAGAAUUAUAAACAUGCAGCUUUAAUAAAAUCUAGUCAAAUUUUAUGC